AUGGUUGACAUCGUACCCCUCUCCUCAUAUCCUUCCUACGUCUCCCUCCUCCCCUCGAUCCAGACCUGCAACAUUACAAACCUCCCAGAAAACUACUUCCUCAAAUAUUAUCUAUACCAUGCCCUCUCAUGGCCGCAAUUGAGCUUUGUCGCUGUCGUGCGACCCAAACAUAACAGCCUGAAAAAUGAGUAUCCGAAAGUCGUGGGAUACGUGCUCGCGAAGAUGGAGGAGGAGCCUACGGAUGGCAUUGCCCACGGCCACAUCACCAGUCUGAGUGUCAUGAGAACGCACAGACGAUUAGGGAUCGCAGAGCGAUUGAUGAAAAUGAGCCAACGCGCAAUGGCCGAAUCACACCGCGCUGAAUAUGUUUCCCUGCACGUCCGUGUCUCGAACAACGCCGCCCUCCACCUCUACCGCGACACACUAGGCUUCGAGGUCGAGAAGAUCGAGGCAAAAUACUACGCUGACGGCGAAGAUGCGUAUGCCAUGAGGAUGAAUCUGCGCUCGCUAUGGAUCAAAGAGGAACGUGGCGGCGGUACUAGCGAGGGUCAAAAACAAAGCGCCAUGGCUGGAUUUGCUGCCGUGGAGAGUAAUCAUGGCGAUGAACAUGCUGAUGAAGGCGAGGCGGUUGGCGAGAUGGGAAAACAGCCUGGAGAGAAGGAAGAGAAGGAGAAAGAGAAGGUUUUCCGGGUUAAGGUUGGGAGGUCGCUCGGGGUGGGUGAUCUUGUGGAGCGGAAUGAGAGCGUGCGAUGA